AAUUAUUCCAAUGCCAUAAUAGACGAAUGUGCAGAGAUGCGAUACGCGCGCCAUUGGUACCCCGCAAACACAGUUUGGACAGCCGUCAUGAGCAGCUUUUAUUGAUGAGUGGUCUUGAUAACGAUUACUAAAAUAACGUCUGGUGGUGGAAGAUGUACGAGCUACUGUCCUAUAAAUAACUGGACAGCCUUCAAACUGUGCUGCCGUUUGGUUUAUAAAAAUCGAGAGACUUCCAGUGGCAGAUCGCAAUCGUAGGCUGAAGACGUAUUAGAACGGGCUUUCAACGAUGGAACGAAUCGGCGGUGCAGCGAUUAUGCUAGUCACCAGCUUAUUGGUGGUAGCUGCUACGGCCGAGCGACAAUUUCCCGCACACUUCCAGUUUGGUGUGGCCACCUCCUCGUACCAGAUCGAGGGUGGCUGGAAUGAGGACGGCAAGGGUGAAUCGAUCUGGGAUCGGCUAACGCACGAAAAGCCGCACAAAAUUGCUGAUCAAUCGAACGGUGAUAUUGCGUGCGAUAGCUAUCAUCAGUGGCAGCGCGAUGUGGAGAUGGUACGGGAGCUUGGUGUGGAUUACUAUCGAUUCUCGAUCGCUUGGGCGCGCAUCAUGCCUACCGGGAUCAGCAACGCCGUCAACCGAAAGGGCAUCGAGUACUACAACAAUCUGAUCGAUGAGCUGCUGAAGUACAACAUCACACCGAUGGUGACGCUGUUCCACUGGGAUCUACCGCAACGGUUGCAGGAUAUUGGCGGUUGGACGAAUCGGGAGAUUGUAGAGUACUUCCGUGAGUACGCUAGGGUCGCUUUCGAGGAGUUUGGUGAUCGGGUGAAGAUUUGGGCCACGUUCAACGAGCCAAAGCAACCGUGCAAGGAAUCGUACGAGGAGGAUGCGAUGGCACCAGGGUUGGAGUUCCCGGGCGUGUACAGUUAUCUCUGCUCGCAUCACGUGCUGUUGGCCCAUGCCGAGGCGGUGCAUGUGUAUCGUACGCAGUUUCAGGACACUCAGAAUGGGAUGAUCGGAAUGGUUGUGGAUUCAUCAUGGCACGAACCCAACUCGGAGGAUGAUCGUGAGGCAUCGGAACGUGCGAUGCAGUUCACUCUCGGCCUCUACAUGCAUCCGAUCUAUCAUGGAAACUAUCCACCGGUCAUGAUCGAGCGCAUUGGCAAUCUUAGCGCUCAGCAGGGUUUCCACAAAUCCCGUCUGCCAACGUUCACCGAAGAGGAAAUCCGCAAACUGAAAGGAUCUGCCGAUUACUUCGGAUUUAACGCGUACACCACACGCCUGGUAACGGACAGUGGUGAUGCGAACAAUUUCCCAGUACCGUCCUUUAACCACGAUCGCGAUGUGAUGGAAUACAUGGACCCGAGCUGGCCCUCGGCUGCAUCGCCCUGGCUGAAGGUGUAUCCCAAGGGGCUGUACAGUGUGCUGAAGUGGAUCCGGGAUGAGUACAACAAUCCACCGGUUUGGAUUACCGAGAACGGUGUCAGUGAUCGUGAUGGAACGUACGAUCUGCAGCGGGUCGAGUACUUUAACUCGUACCUGAACGCCGUGCUGGAUGCGAUUGAGGAGGGCUGUGAUGUGCGUGGUUACACUGCCUGGUCGCUGAUGGAUAACUUCGAGUGGCGUGCCGGGUACUCGGAACGGUUCGGGCUUUACUAUGUGGAUUUUAAUGAUCCUGCGCGGCCCCGGUAUGCGAAAACGUCGGCCAAGGUGUAUGCGAACAUCGUGAAGUCGCGCACGAUCGAUCCGGACUAUCUGCCCGAGCCGGACGUUUUGAUCCCGGGUGAUGGGAAUUAGGCAAGGAUGCAGUGAGGAAAAUAUCUUAUGGAGACUGUUUUUACUUAAACUGUGCAAGUGAUGGUAAAUGAAAAGUAAAUUUUAGAUUAAUAAAUAUUCAAGAUGUUGUCUUCGACGUGUUUGAUAUCAGAACAGUUGCAAAAUAAA